AGCCUCGGAUGCUGAACUACAUCUCCCAGCAUGCUGCGCGGCGAAAAAAGUGUGGGCCGAGGGGACUGUUUGAUUUGAAGCCGGCUGGGAUUUGUAGUUCCGAAUCCUCUGUGGGUUUGAAUAGUUUGGCUUUUGCUUUCAGAAUCUGGAAGUCGGGGCCUCAGCCCUCCUCUCCCUCAGGGAGCCAAGGGUCCCCAUUUCUGACACUCAGGAGUUCAAACCCCCAGCUCCCUCUUCCCUUAGACCUUAGAAUCCGUGUCCCCAGCCGCCUUCUGUCCCAGGAUCGCCUUCUUCAUCCUCAUACCUCUUCUUCCUCCGGGGACUAGGAGUCUGGGACGUCACACUCCAGCUAUGCUAAAGGAUGUAGGAGCCCAGCCCCUCAGCCGCUUCAUCCCUCGGGAACUCACCAGUCCUGGCCCUCAUUCAAGAACUAGGAGUUUGGGUCCCAAGCCUUCCCGCUGAACCUUGGAGUCCAUCCCCAGCCCCCUCUUUCACAGGUGCCUCCAUGGCCGGCUCUGAAGAGCUGGGGCUCCGGGAGGACACACUGAGGGUCCUAGCUGCCUUCCUCAGGCGGGGUGAGGCUGCCACAGGUCCCAUUACCCCACCCAGGAGCGCCACCCAGGAGGAGCCAGCAGACUUCCUGAGCCGCCUUCGAAGAUGUCUUCCCUGUCCCCUGGGGCGAGGAGCAGUUCCCCCGGAGUCCCCUCGGCCUUGCUCCCUGCCCCUCCGCCACUGCUAUGGUUCAGAGCCUGGCCCUGCUACUCCAGACUUCUAUGCCCUGGUGGCCGAGCGGCUGGAACAACUGGUCCAAGAGCAACUGAGAUCCCCACCUAGCCCAGAGUUGCAAGGCUCCCCGCCUACAGAGAAGGAAGCCCUGCUGCGGAGGCUGGUGGCCUUGCUGGAGGAGGAAGCAGAAGUCAUCAACCAGAAGCUCGCCUCGGACCCCGCCCUGCGCCGCAAGCUGGCCCGGCUCUCGGCUGGCUCCUUCGCCCGCCUGGUAGAGCUUUUCUCCAGCCGGGAGGGCAGCCCUGGCCCGGGCCGUGCCCGGCAGUCCUUGCCGUGUCCCGGUCCCCCGCCGCCCUCCCCGGAGCCCCUGGCCCGCCUGGCCCUGGCCAUGGAGCUGAGCCGACGCGUGGCAGGGCUGGGAGGCACCCUUGCUGGGCUCAGCGUGGAGCACGUGCACAGCUUCGCACCCUGGAUCCAGGCCCACGGGGGCUGGGCGGGCAUCUUAGCUGUUUCCCCCGUGGACUUGAACUUACCCCUGGACUGAGAUCUUCCUCAGAAGCUGCUACCGAUUGGACCUCAUGUUCCUAUGCUUCUAUCCCACUCAGGGCUGUGGGGGAGUAGCCAUCCUCCCCGUGUUUGCCAAAAAGAAACCAAUUUCAUAUGUUUUCAUAUUAAAUACUAUUUCAAGUAUGGAGUGUUUGCCUUUCACUCGAGAACCAACAUUCUAAGUCGGGGAUAUUUGUUCAGAAACCUCUGGUUUAUGGAAGAAGGGAAGAACUCAUUCAUUCAUUCUAGAA